GAACGCUCUAAUGCCUAUUUUUACAAAUGUCUAAAAGACCGCCAACAACAACAGGCAAUUUCCGAAUUGGUCGCAGAUGACGGUACUAUAUCAUCGACGCCAGAAGAACUAACCAACUGUGCAAAAGGCUUCUAUAGUCAACAUUACUCUACCGAACAAGUAUCUCUUCAAGCAACUGAUUUUUUGUUAUCUCAACGCCCGGACACUGCUCGACUUGAUGAUUCACAGCAAAUACUUCUCCUUAUUGAAUGGACUGUUGAAGAGGUUCUACGGUCCCUUUUCCAGCAACCAUUUUGUCGUAGUUCAUUCUGUGAUUGA